GCAAAUUCGUCGGGCAGCAAAUUAGCAGCAAGCAGAUUCUCGCCGGGGUCGACGUCUGAACCGUCCGGGCAAACUUACCUGUGGAGAAUCGACAAGAAAAAAAGCGAGUUUUCUAUUUUUUAUGUAUUCAUUUUGUUUUAUUACCCAUCAAGGAGAGCGUUUUGAUAACGUUCGAAUUGUGUAGUCGUUCGGGAGUCUGGAUUUGUUGGUGGACGUCGCUCGGUGUGUGUGAUCGGAGUGGCUAGGUCGGCGGUAGCUCGCUGUUAGCUAACUAUUUAAAAACAACAGCAGCCGGAGGAAAAUGUACGCGUAAAUCUGCUUAAUUAUACCGGUCUUUAAUUUAUCGUCACAGUUCGUUUUUUUUCUUUAUUUCAUUGCUGAGUGACGUGGAUAUAAAUUUAAGCUUUAUAUUGGCCAAACCUCACCGGCUUCUUUUACUCGUGUCAAAUAAUAAGAAGAAGAAUAAUGGGCACGUAAGAAUCCGGUGUGUUGAAUCCAGAACGAAUCAGAAUUCACUCCCAAUGGGACGUACACGACCACAUUUGGGUGUUCGGUUGGACGGCAGGGAGAUGGGAUUCGUCGUUUAAAUCGUAUUUUCGGUUUUUUUUAAUAGUUAAAUAGAUUCUUUAUUUAAUCAUGGAGGUUGAGAUGCUGGUGCACCCGCUCUCCCACCCGUCCGCUCCGGGCAUCUGCCCCGAGAUGCUGGAGGUGGCGGAGGAGGCCACCCGAGCCGGGGACUUCAGCUUAGCCGCCGAGAUCUACAGCUCGCAGCUGGCCGACCUUCAACAACCCGACAGGGGCUUGUGCCUACGCAAGGCCGACUCCUUGGUACGCGCCGGACGGAUCUCCGAGGCGCUGGACUCGUACUGCUCGGCGGCCAGCCUGGGCAAACUGCGGCCGGAGGAGUUGCCGCUACUUGUGGAAAGCAUCGCCCGGGGCCUCCGAGAGAAGGAGCCGGGCCUCCGGAGCGCUGCCGGCGGGGAAGAAGACGAGGACGCCGAAUGGGGAAGCACUGAAAACGACAGACUGGACUUGUUCUCUUGCGGGUUGUGUCGGUGUCUGCUCCACGAACCUUCCACGGUGGAGUGCGGGCACACCUUCUGCAGGCGCUGCCUGGAGCCCGACACGGUGACGGACUGCGUGCAUUGCAAGCGAGCUUUGGCCCGUAAGGACGGCCUGCCAAACGGCCGCCGGCUGGACGUGGUGCUCGGCGGCCUGCUGGACAAACUCUUCCCUAACGAGAGCCGCGCACGUCGGCUGUGGAUCGACGGCGAGGUGCUGCGGCAGAGCCGCAACCUGACGGAGGCCCUGCAGAAAUACGACGAGGCGGUGGAAUUAGCGCCAUCUACAGGCCGCCUACUGUGCCAACGGGCUGAACUGCACAUGGAGAUGAACAACGUGAGCCGGGCAGUGCAGGACGCUAGCAGCUUGUGCCAGAUCAAACCUCUCUGGCCAAAGGCUCACUACCUGAAGGCCACCACGCUGAGCAAAGCGUCGCGUAACGAUGAGGCCCUGCAGGAGUACUUUCUGUGCGUGGCGCUCAAACCUAACUGGACCAAAGUCAGACUGGAGGCUCAGAAGGUCCUCGCCGAGCUCUUCUCCUCCGUGUUCGAGAACCAAGACAUACCCACGCCUCUGCACCCCCUCCAGGGUGGGGUGGCUUCGCGCCCCAUCAAGCCCCCCGCCCUACUGAGGACCCUGAGGCCCCUCACGCAGAAACCUGCGUCGUCCUCGCAGGAAUCUGAUACGAGCAUGACAAAAAGCGCCUUGCCGGACGAGUCCUCUUCCAGCCCGUGGAAGUUGUCCGCUCCAGUAGCCGAGGGAAGUGGCACCAACAGCAAGAGCCUGGCUGACGUCCUGGCCUCUGUACCAGCGCCACCCACUGGCCUUAAGAGGAAGCAGAGUGAUGACAGCUUCUUCAAUCCUCCCUCCAAGCAUCUCAAAUGUGGCGAGUCGAGCAGCGUCAAGCUGGCGCCGGCAUGCGGGGGGAGAGUGGUUCCCGCCGACCUGUUGGACAGCGGCGACCUGGAGUGUUCACUCUGCAUGAGGCUGUUCUACGAGCCAGUGGCCACGCCUUGCGGCCAUACCUUCUGCCUCAAGUGUCUGGAACGCUGCCUGGACCACAACCCCAACUGCCCUUUGUGCAAGGAGAACCUUUCAGAGUUUUUGUCAACCCGAGGCUACAACAAGACGCUGCUGAUGGAAGCGGUGCUGCAGCGCUACUUAGCCAGUGAGCUGGAGGAGAGGAAGAAGAUCCACGAGGAGGAGAUGAAGGAGCUCUCCAACCUGAACCAGGAAGUGCCCAUCUUCAUCUGCACCAUGGCCUUCCCCACCAUCCCGUGUCCGCUGCACGUGUUCGAGCCGCGCUACCGCCUCAUGAUCCGCCGCUCCAUGGAGACAGGCACCAAGCAGUUUGGCAUGUGCAUUGCCGACGAGCUUAAAGGCUUCGCCGACUACGGAUGCAUGCUGGAGGUCCAAGAUGUGAAGUUUUUCCCCGAUGGACGCUCGGUGGUGGAGACCAUCGGGGUGUCUCGGUUCAAAGUCUUAAGUCACGGCCAGAGAGAUGGCUAUCACACUGCCAAAAUCGAGUACCUGGAAGACAAAAAGGUGGAAGGCGAGGAGCUGGUGGAGCUGCUCAAGCUGCACGACGCUGUCUACGAACAAGCCAGCAACUGGUUCACAUCGCUCAAAGACAACAUGAAAACGCAAAUAGUUAGUCACUUUGGACACUUGCCGAGCAAAGACCCGGACCCCCAGUCGAGCGGAAGCGGCCCGGCGUGGUGUUGGUGGCUUCUGGCCGUGUUGCCACUGGAGAACCGGGCACAGCUCACCAUCCUGUCCAUGAGCGCCUUGAAAGACCGGCUGCUGGCCAUCCGAAAGGUCCUCAUCUUUGUCAUGCGCAAGAGGCCGCGGUGACGACGGGCCGCCCCGCCCCUCAGAGCCUCCGCAACAUUUGCGCAUAGUCCAUACAAUCGAGUCACUUUAAAAAAAAAAAAAAAAAAAAAGUCAUUUGCGUGUUAUUGUCGGCCCAAUUCUUUGUGUGCUAAUGCGCCGCCGCCGCGGCUUCUUCUAUUUCAUGGAAAACAAGAUGACAGCUAUUUCCUGCAAGUAAGGCUUCUACUUCAGCCCAUUUUGGCAGAAAACGAGGCAGCAAACCAGUCUGGGGAACGUCACUAUACAAUUUUGGCAUUACUAUGGUAUAAACUUAAAAAAAAAACGGCCUUGUCGUACCUUGAUUCAAUUGCUACCACAGCCCAUUUAGUUAGCUUGUGAGAACCUUAUUCCAACAUGCUGUCUUGCUGCUACUUGCAAGUACCAUCAUAGUGUAAGUAAACAAUUACAAAAAGCCAUAGUUUGCAAUGUUUUUAGUUCCUAUGCAGCCCGUUAAGGCAGCAAAGUAGCCAGAGGAACGUCAAUCCAUUCAAUUGGCCACCACUUUAGUGUAGUUGUAAGCGACUACUGCGCUAUUUAACACAAAUGUUUAUCUUUAACUUAAAACAUCCCCUGUUUUACUUGGUUGCAAUUGCUACCACACCAGGUUUAGGCAGCACACUAACCUCGGCAAUCCCAUUCCCACACGAUGUCUUGCAACUGUUUGAAGCCACCAGGAUAUUUAGUGUAAAAUUCCCUGCUUUACAUUGUUUUCAAAUGCUAACGCUGGCCAUUUAUGCUGUAAACUAGCCUGGGGAACCUCGAUCUAUGGCCACAGCUGUUGCAGUAUUUAUGACAAAUUUGAUCCUCUGGUUGAAAGCGGCCCUGUUUUACUUGGAUGCGAGAUGCAGCCCAUUUAGGCAGCACCCUUACUUUGGGAACCUCACUCCCCCACUCUGUGUUGUAGCUAUUAUGCAGCUAUGGCACUGUUUGGCAUCAACCGUUUAGUCGGCAAACAAGCCCGAAGAACCUCAGCCUAUUUAUGUAAUAACUCUGUAGCUAUAUAAGCAUUCUUCUUCGAUUUCAUGUUGACUGUACAGACACAAAAAAAACAUGCAAAAACUCGAAUGUACAUAAUCUUCCGCGCUUGGCACAUUGCAUAUCAGUGCUAGCUCUCCCAACCAGCAUUUGUUCUUCUCCAUUCAGUCCCGAUGGUGGCGUGCAAUGCUAUUUGGCAGCCCCUUCCUCUUCUCUCUGGUGUUGCAGUACUACUGUUGAUGCUAGAAUGUGAGUUGUUCAGUGUUGAUGUAACACAGAGGCCUUUUUCACAUCUUUGCUUAUGCGGUACAUUUACACACUUUUCUCACCACGCGCAUGUGAGGCAUUUGCGAUGGACUUCCUGAAUGUCGAUAGCAGCAUUUAUUUUUUUGAACUCGAAAGCACUUAUAAACGUGUUAGUUUGCACUCUUUGCUGUCUGUCUGAUGCGUGAAAAUGAAAAUUGUGGCUUAUUUAAAGCUAAAAAUGUUUUUGUAAAGUUACGGUCCGGUGUGGUUUUAAAUGACUGGAGAGAAUGUUCCGGUGAGAAAGGCUAAAUGUACCGUAGAUGCGCUUUUUCUUUUGUCUUUCCAAAUGUUUUUGAUCUCCCUGUCUCUUUAAUGGGUGGGAUUUACAACAUGCUGCAUUUCCCUGCUAUUAUUUGUAAAGGGAGAUCUUGUACUUAUUUUUUAUUGCCAAUAAAUAAUACUAAAUCAUGA